AGAGUUUACAACGGCACAAAGACCGCCACAUUAUGACUUAUAGGUGAGUGACUCAUCAUCAUAUGAUACACCGAGAGUCGAUUCUAGAAGUUUAAGGACUACUGGACCAAAAACAAAACAUUUAUUUCUUCUCUUACACCCCUUCGAUUCGUCAUUGCUUGGACUCGACCGACCUGCCUCACAUUCAGAAAAGGAUGUACCGAGGUCACGGAAGAGGCAACCUGGCAUAUGCGGGCGGUGCUUCUGGGUCAAACGCCGCUUCCUUGGAAAGCACCACCACUUCCACUACGCAAGAGCAGAAGUUAACCAUCCCCGGCUCCAGCCAAUUCGUGCCCAGCCUCAAUGCCAUCACAACCAGCCAGGAUCUUCAGUGGCUAGUGCAGCCCUCGCUCAUGCAUCCGCCGGGUCCUUCCCGCUCUCCAGUGCCACCUUACCCCUCCCUAUCCAGGACACGCCCGCAGGGUCCACCGCCUCCGCCGCCAUCCCAUUCACACUUCAUCCGGCCGGGCAUCAUCAGAGACAGCGUCAACCUGGCCAUGGGUACGACACGCCGCAGGAACGACGAGCACUUGUCUCACGAGGAGCUGGAGAGACGGAGAAUAAGGAGAGAACGUAACAAACUGGCAGCUGCCAAAUGUCGCAAUCGCCGUCGGGAGCUGACCGAUACGUUGCAAAACGAGACGGACCUGCUGGAGGAUGAAAAGUCCCGUUUACAGAAAGAGAUAGCCGAGCUGCAAAAGCAGAAAGAGAAGCUGGAGUUGGUUUUGGAGGCUCACCGUCCCAUCUGUAAAAUCCAAGACUCAGACUCGGACUCGGACGCCAGUGCCACGCUCUCGUCCUUGGCGGGCAUCAAGAUGGAGCCCGAGGACUACAGCGCACCCGGACCGUCACGGCCCAAGCAGCCAGCCAAGGUGGAAAAGCCCAAACCCAAGAUCACCAUCCCCACCAAGACAUCCUCUUCAUCUUCAUCCUCAUCUUCAUCGUUAACACUGGCCGUCAGCCAAGAGUCCGAGGCCCUGCACACCCCCAUCCUGACCUCCACCCCUUCCCUCACUCCUUUCACGGCAAGUAUGAUUUUCACGUACCCCUCGGCCCCGGUGGACGUGCCCCAUCAGGCCCCACAACCCUGCGGUGUGGCGCACCGGCGUAGCAGCAGCAGCGGCGACCAGUCGGAUCACUCCCUGCAUUCACCCACCAUCCUCACCUUGUGACUGAUGACGUGAUUGCAACCGACAAUUUCAAACCUUUUUUGAAACAUUUGCUUUUUUAUUUUAUUUUAUUUUUUUAAGGAAAAGGCAUUCUCUACUCCAAGAUUCCUCAAACUUUUGGGGUCCUUGGUGAAUUUUCUCAUAGUUGUCACACUAAUUAAGCUCAUGUACUCUGUGUAGCACCAAAUGCUAUAGAAAUAAAAGCUGCAUGUUUAAAAAAAACACAAUAUGACAAUAACUAUAUUUUUCUUUUACCAUAAAAAUAAGGUAUAAUAUUGACUUUUAAAAAAACAGUUGUAAUCUUAUGAGCAUAAAGUCAGAUUUUUCAGGGAGGCGGGAAAGUUGUAUUUUGACAAUUGAGUUUCAAAAGUACAACUUUAUUUAAAUCGAGAUAUUUCAACUUUUAUUGAGGAAAAGAUGCCUUUGUUCUCCCAAAAAUAGGACUAUAUUCUACGGAAAAUACAAUAUUUUCAAGGAAUAUUCGUCAUUUCAAAGGUUUUUCAUAACCAUAAGAAAACUUUUAUUUGUCUUACAAUGGUGAAAUUCCCAACUUACAGCAGCAAACUCAUGAAAGGGAGAAGUAGAAGAACAAAAAGUACAUAAAUUAAUAAAACAUAUAAAAUAUAGAUAUAAGCAUAUUAAAAAUUGGUGAAUGGAGGUGAGUCCAGGUUUUCAGGUCUGUCUAUUCAAUAGCCUGACAGCAGUAAUCAUUCAACCUUAUAGCAAUUGUAAUUUCCAACUUUUAUUGCAGAAAAGAUGCAUCUAUUCUUUUUGGGACUAUAUUUCACUCAAAAUAUGCCCUUAGGGCAAAAAAGUUAUAAUGGAAUGAGAAUAAAAAAUUUUAAGAAAAAAAGGGGAUGAAAAAAAAUCCCAAGAUAAACUCAGUUUUAUGAAAAUCAGAAGUUUAACAGGGGAAGAAAGUCAGAUUUUAACAAAAAUAUAAAUUCAUUUGAAAUACACCUUUAUUGUGAAAAAAGACUAUUUUUUGAAAAAAGUGCUAUUUUAUUUUUCUUU